CGUUAUCCUCGUUCGUCCGGGACGCCUGAUUCAUUUCCUGUAUUUACUGGAUAUCCUUUUCAAAAAAAAAGAAACCUUUUUCGUGUCGUGUUGAUCAUGUGAUAAAACAGAACUUGCAUCCUUUAUACAAACCAUCACCUUGAUCGUCUUUGAGGAUCUUCACAUAAGGACACAAAAUGAAUCCUUGGUUGAGGGUGCUCUUAUCGGGGUUCCUCCUGAUAACGCUCGCUGCACGAAGUUACCAUUCGCAGCUCGUCGAACGCCCAAACGUGCUACUGAUCGUUCUGGAUGACUUUCGACCGGUGAUUCGGCAAGGAUAUGGAGACGAAAACGCGAUCACACCCAACCUCGAUCGACUCGUUCAAGCGGGAUAUCAUUUUGAAAAUGUCUUUGCACAGCAAGCACUCUGCGCCCCGAGCCGCAACUCGAUGUUGACCGGACGGCGACCGGAUACGGUACGGUUGUACGAUUUCUAUAGCUACUGGCGUGAAUUUUCCGGCGAUUUCACGACCCUGCCGCAGUACUUCAAGCAACAAGGCUACCGUACUCACUCGGUGGGAAAAAUCUUUCAUCCUGGUGCUUCAUCGAACUUCACGGACGAUUACCCGCUUAGCUGGUCAACGCCGACGUUCCACCCGCGGUCGGAUCCCUACUCUAACUCGCCCGUUUGUCCCGAUCCCGCGGACGGUGGACGAUUGCACCGUAAUCUGCUGUGUCCGGUGAUACCGGAGAGGCAACCGUUUCACACUCUUCCAGACAUCGAAAGUACCCAGGAGGCGACACGAUUUCUUCGGGAACCACGGAACGAGCCAUACUUUCUCGCAGUAGGUUACCGUAAACCGCACAUCCCGUUCCGCAUACCGGUGGAAUAUCUGAAUCAACAUCCGCAGUCCAAGUUCCAGACGGUUGGCAGUGGUCAACGCCCGUACGGAUUACCGUCGGUGGCUUGGGCGCCCUUCUUGGAUGUACGCAAUCGGGAUGAUUUCGAACGGCUAGGCGUACCAUUCCCUUACGGGCGCAUUCCGGAAGAUUUUCAGCAGCGCAUCCGUCAACAUUAUUACGCGGCCGUGACCUACGUGGAUGAUCUCAUUGGCCAACUGCUGGCGGAGGUCAAAAUGGAUCAAACGAUCAUCAUGGUUACGUCCGAUCAUGGAUGGUCACUCGGUGAGCACGGCGAAUGGGCCAAGUACAGUAAUUACGAUGUUGCCCUCAGGGUUCCUCUGGUACUCGUUACCCCAACGCUUCCCGCCGGUAAUGGCAUGAAGAUAGCGAACGUUGUGGAGCUACUGGAUGUGUUUCCGACUCUUGUAGACCUUGCCGGACUACCACCAGUACCUGCUUGUAGCAAACAACGACCGCACAAAGCGGUGACGUGUGUGGAAGGUAAAUCGCUCGCAUCGUUACUAAUCAAUGCCACCGUUGGUGAGGAUCAGGAAGAGCAAUGGGUUGCCUACAGUCAGUUUCCACGGCCCGGCAUUGAGCCGAGCGUGGUGCCGAGUAGCGAUGAACCGAAGCUACGAUACAUCAAGAUCAUGGGUUACAGUCUACGCACCGCUCGGUUCCGCUACACGGCAUGGAUACAAUUCAAUCCGGAUACUUUCAAGCGAGACUGGAGCAUUUUGUACGGCGAGGAAAUGUACGACCACCUGAUCGACGAGCAGGAAAACCUGAAUCUUGCUGACCGACCACAGCUUCAGCUGAUCAAGGACUCUCUGAGAGCGAUCUUGCAGGCCAAGUUCCCUUAACUGUGACGGACAGACGGACUCUUCUCACAAUCCAAACCACCUGGGUGCUACAAGAGAAUUGAGUUUUAUUACAUAAAUAUACAAAUUUAUUCAAUAAUGAUA